UCAGUCCUUUUAUUAAUUAAAAUUAAAAAGCUUUCCUUUUCUAUGUUCUUAAUUAAAAAACCUUCCUUUUAUAUCUUCUUUGAGCUAACAAACACGCCAGUGGUGACAGAGUGAAUGCAAGGUCAAAGGGGGCAGCUUCUUCCACGGGUUAUUCAUGAAAAAGUCUUUUUUAUUAUUUUUUUUGGGCGAAUCAUGAAAUAGUCUUUUUAAUUGCAAAGUAGUCUCUUCACAGAAAAUGGCAGUGAAUCUCUCCUUUUCUUCUGUUUUUGGUGGACAGAAUUGAUUUUUGAUUUUGUGGAGGUCGAGGAGUCAAUUUCGAGAGGGCGAAGAAGUCGGGCGUAGGAAAGGAUCCAAACUAACAAAUAUUCAUAACAUAUUCAUUGAACCCAGAAAGAAAGCCUCAUUGAGGAAGAGGGAGGAGGAGGAUGAGGAGGAGCAACGAGAUGGUUUCACCGACUGUGGAUUUGCUGAAGGAGCAGCUCCCCGUGCAGCAAGAACCUCUGGUCCUGUCCGGGGAUGUCCGGACCGGCCUUGUCCUUGUCGACGUUGUCAACGGCUUUUGCACGGUCGGUGCUGGCAAUCUGGCUCCCAAGCAGCCCAAUAAACAGAUUGCUGGAAUGGUUGCCGAGGCAGUUAGACUCGCCAGAGCCUUCUGCGAGAGGAAGAUGCCUGUGUUUGCAUUCCUCGACACCCAUCACCCAGACAUUCCCGAGCAUCCUUAUCCUCCCCACUGUAUUAUAGGAACUGAUGAAGCCAAUCUUGUGCCUGAGCUGCAGUGGCUAGAAAACGAGCCGAACGCCACACUUCGCCGCAAAGAUUGUAUUGAUGGCUUCAUUGGUUCCAUUGAGAAGGAUGGCUCCAAUAUAUUUGUUGAUUGGGUGCAGCGUCAUCAAAUCAAAUCAGUUUUGGUGGUCGGAAUCUGCACUGAUAUAUGUGUUCUUGACUUCGUAAGCUCAGCAUUCUCUGCGAGAAAUCGUGGAAUUCUUGCCCCUUUGGAAGAUGUGAUUGUAUACUCGCGUGGUUGCGCUACUUUUGAUCUCCCAGUUCAUGUCGCCCAAGCUUCUAAGGAUCUUAUUGCGCAUCCCCAGGAACUAAUGCAUCAUAUCGGUCUCUACAUAGCAACGGGAAGGGGAGCGAAGGUAGCAUCGGAGGUUUUAUUUGCAGCGUAAAUGAAACAUGUCUCAAGUAAUUGGACACAGUCUUGGUCUCUGUUGGUGUCAUGGGAGAACUUGUAGAUAGAGAAUGUCAAUUCAGUGCUGCAAAUAACGCUAUCUUCACAUUUACAAUUCGUACAAAAUAACUUUUACUUAUCCCCGCUGCAAAAAUACUUUCCUCAUAGCUGAAUCAGCAAUGGCUCUUCUUCUCCCUAAGCAUUGAAAACUUUGGCUUUUGAGGAACUCAGAACAAAACCCCGGUGAAAAUGA